AUGUCUGAUGAACUUCUGGAAGUGGAGGGGAAGCCAGAGCAUGCGGGAAAGUUCCAGAAUGAGGGACAGCCAGAUGAUAAGGGACAACCAGAAGAUGAGGGGAAGCAAGAAAAGCAGGGCAAGUCUGAAAAUGAGGGAAAACCACACAGUGAGGGCAAGCCAGAAUCCCUGGCAACAGCUGAGAGUGAGUCACGGGCUGCUGAAAAGCGCCCAGCUGAAGAUUAUGUGCCUAGGAAAGCAAAAAGAAAAACGGACAGGGGGACAGAUGAUUCCCCCAAGGACUAUCAGGAGGACUUACAGGAAAGGCACUUGGGCAGUGAGGAGAUGAUGAGAGAAUGUGGAGAUGUAUCGAGGGCUCGGGAAGAGCUAAGGAAAAAACAGAAAAUGGGUGGUUUUCAUUGGAUGCAAAGAGAUGCACAGGAAUCCUUUGCCCCAAGGGGGCAACGGGGUGUCAGAGGAAUGAGGGGUGGAGGUAGAGGCCAAAGGGGUCUACAUCAUAUCCCAUAUCUUUAAUGUCUUUGCCAUUCAAUUUUGAUUUCACUGAUGAGAAUAUUGCUGACCCCGCUUUCCCUGGCAGGCAUUUGCCAGGCUAUGUGCUUUAACCUUACGCUGAUAAUUUUCCUUAGGUGUCACUCUCGGUUACCAGCACCCUUUUGAUCCAACCACGGUGUCCUCUGUUUUUCAGUAGGGGAUUUUCACCCAUGUGCAUGGAAGAGAUGUUUAUGGUACAGUGUAAAAUAACAAUAAAGAUCAAACCAUCUUCAGAACCAUA